UCGGUAACUCGCAGGUAUACCCUAUACUUUACCGUGCUGAUGUGAUGAUAAUGACGACGUCGGCCUCCUCUUUGGUUUCUCCCAAGUCCUAAUACUUAAAACACUAUAUCUUGGUGUCUCCAAUUCUCCAUAUCCUGCCAAGACAUGACAAAUUUCACAUUAUCCAUGGAAACAUGCGAGCCUGCUGCCCGUGCCCCUCGCUGAUCCUUUAGAGACACAAGAACAUCACUGUAUACUAGCAUGACCAACCCAACCGAGAUCCUCUCCGUGGUGCUGCUCGUCGCCGGCGUCUCCCUGAUGCUGCUCAUCCACAUCCUCGUGAUCAUCUGGGCGUUGCGGCGCGGGCUCGGCUCCCGCGGCACCUCGCACACCACCGACGAGGAGCGCGCGGCGGGCGGCCGCUGCGGCGCCGGGGGGCUGUCCGCCGGCGAGCUCCGCGCGCUGCCGUGCCACGACUUCGUCAAGCAGGCCGAGGCCGAGGCCGCGGGCGGGGACUGCGCGGUGUGCCUCGAGGCGUUCGAGCCCGGCGACCGGUGCAGGCGGCUGCCGCGGUGCGAGCACAGCUUCCACGCCGAGUGCGUGGACUCGUGGCUGAGGAAGAGCGCCGCGUGCCCCGUGUGCCGCGCCGACGUGGUGGACCGGCCGCCCAAGGCGGCGGCGGCGGCGGCGCCAGGGGCUCUGGAGAUGGCGGAGAGAACAAGCACGGCCACAUUAUUGGGGAUCGUCGCUGAAAGAUAAGCCGAAGGAUUGGCACUCGAUCGGCGUGUUACGUAGUUGCACAGGAUUUGUGUUGUUUGUGGAAAUAGCCUGUACAUGUAUCGUGGUAUGUAUUUCUCUUCGGAUUUA